CAAUACCAGAAGAGAAGUUAAAACACCUUGCAAAUUUUAUAGUAUGCCAUUAAUGUUGUGACGUGUUAUUUUUUUUAACCAAAUAAACUGCAAAUUAAUCGGUUAAAUUGGCUGAAAACGUACAAAUACUGUAGAUAAAAUGAUGCAAGAUGAGCAUCUGGGUAGUCCUGCAAGACGAAAUGUUUUCAGUCAAGCAAAGGGAAGAAUAUCACAGUUAUAUCAAAAGUAUUUGGACCUAUGGACUCCUCAUGUAGCGUCAAGAUGGACAUUUGCUUUUUUCCUAAUAUUUGUUUUCUUCUUGCGUAUAUUUAUCUCACAAGGGUGGUACAUUGUCACAUAUGCAUUAGGAAUUUAUCACCUGAAUUUAUUCAUAGCAUUCCUUACUCCUAAAAUUGAUCCAGCAAUGGAAUUUGAUGAUGGUGAAGGACCAGAGUUACCUACAAGAUCUAAUGAAGAAUUUAGACCAUUUAUUAGGAGAUUGCCUGAAUUUAAAUUUUGGUAUUCUGUGAUAAAGUCUACAAUUGUUGCUAUGAUCUGUACUAUGUUUGAUUGCUGCAAUAUACCAGUAUUCUGGCCCAUUCUUGUUAUGUACUUCAUAACGCUAUUUUGCAUUACUAUGAAACGUCAAAUAAAGCAUAUGAUCAAAUACAGAUAUCUGCCGUUUACUCAUGGAAAACCAAAGUACGAGAAUCACGAGGAUACUUCGAGGUUAAUACCUUCAAAGUGAAUAGGUGUGAAGUAUGCUUGUUGAUGGAGGAGUCCGCUCGUGGAAGUUUGAUGAUGGGUGUCGUAGAAUUUAAACAGGGAAAUUGAUUUUCCUCCAAUACGAACGCGUUCGGGUUUCUCGAGCGGAACAGACGUGAAACGAAGUAAAGAAAGAGAAAAAAAAGAAAGAAAGGAAACGGAAGGAAGUGAGUGUGAAGGAGGCGAAAGUGUCGAGGCACGAAUGAACGUGUGAAUGGGAGAAUGAAAGGUGAUCCUUCUAACGCAAAUGGUAAUUCGAAAUAAAAUGUUGAAGCAUUGUUGCAUACCUUAGGAUCUUUUUUAAUUUCUCCAACCAUUCCUUACGACGAAUCGAUAUAUCGUUUCCUUGUUAACUCUCUCGUCGAGCACCGAAGAUCUGAGAAAUACUUUUAAGAGUCUUUUUUCU